AUGGUAGCUGCGCAAAAGGGAAGAUGCGUCCCAGCUUUUGCAACAGCAGCUAUGGAGGAAUUGAUUUCAACACCCUUACCUUUGGGAAGAGAAACAAUUAAGGUGAGGGUGUUUUUGUUGACCGGUAGCUCCCACCACUCAACUAACUCAAUCCACCUGACAGCCUUCCCAGUUCCUCCUCCUCUAACCGGCGAACCGAUUUCGAGGAUAACUUUAUCUAAACCAGCAAAUUGGGGAGGAAGUGUUCUUUUUUACAUUUCAGACCACCGAUGA